UACAAAUACUUCCGGUUAAAUGUCACUUCAGUAUUUACAUUUAUGACGCAUCGGUUUUCUACUUGAUAAUUACGUGACUUGUUAUGGCUUUCCAUCCUCAUUCGGACGCAGAUGAAACUUUUGAUUUUCUUUUUAAAAUUGUAUUGAUUGGUGAUGCUGACGUUGGCAAAACAUGCGUGGUACAACGCUUCAAAUCUGGAACCUAUGUGGAAAAACAUGCAUCUACGAUCGGUGUUGACUUCACUAUGAGAACAAUGCAAAUCGAUGGCAAGCUUGUCAAGUUGCAGAUAUGGGACACGGCUGGACAAGAGAGAUUCAGAACCAUCACCCAGAGCUACUAUCGCAGUGCCAAUGGCGUGAUCAUGGCAUAUGAUAUCACAAAACGAACAUCAUUUGACAGCCUUCCACGUUGGCUGGAUGAUGUGAAGCGGUAUGCAGGACCAAGCAUUGUACAGAUAUUGAUAGGUAAUAAGCGUGAUAUGGAAAACAUGCGAGAAGUGACCUAUACAGACGCCAACUCAUUUGCUCAGCAUAAUCAUAUGAUUGCACAUCAUGAAACAUCAGCUAAAGAAAAUGUCAACAUUGAUGAAACAUUUGUGAAACUUGCUAAGGAGCUCAUGAGACGCUAUGGGGGUGGAAGUGUAUCUUUGGACAGCGGGGCUUCUAAUAACAUUAAACUGGACUCCAAAUCAGUCGGUGGGGGUUGGGGUUGCUGCUCAGGCUAAAAAACACCAAGAUACUGAUUGUAUGAAGAUGUUUUGCCUCAUUUGUCGUGAUUGUGUGAUUGUAUGUGUCUCGUUUGUCUAAAUAGCUUGAUGGUGUGUGUCUCAUUUUUGUGAUUAAAUGUGUGCGUCUUCUUUGUCUGAAUGGAGAGAUUAUGUGUGUCUCAUUAAAUAUAGUGGAAAAGGUUCAAGACCGAAAGUGUGGUUGUUUUUAGGUGUAUACUUAUUUGAGAUAUGUAACAUGUUGUGUUUGGAUUUGUACACUUCUAAUAAUUAAGAUAUUUAAAGGGUAUCAGAACAUUGUCCAGAAAUAAGCCUCAUGGUUUUUAAUUGUUAAUCAUUUAAUGUGCCCACUAAAAAAACCUACAACAAUAGAAACCUUGUAUUCUUAUUUAAACAAGUGACUUCUUAGCUUCAAGUUAUACAGUGUGAAACAGUCUGCCAUAAUUUUACAAAUUAUAUUUAGUGUCAUGUCUUCAUGGUAACAUAGUCAAGUACAGAUAAGUUUUGGUAAAAAUCCAUGCGUGUUUUGUUCGUUCUAUAUUAGUUUAGAAAUAUUUGUAAUAAGAGUUUGCUAUUAAACUGUUUAUGAUUUAAAGUUUGUCAACAUUAUGGUUAUGUAAUUAGUCUUGAAAAUGAAACUCAACAAGCUUAUGUUCCCAGAUCAUCAUUUAUCAAAGUUAACAUGUAAUGUUACAUGAGGAGUACACAAUAACAUAGUUCAUUUUGUUGAUCAUUGUGAGAUUUAUCAAUUCUUUGAAGACAUGAUCAUGUUGUAAACAUUGUCUCUGGUAAGUUUCAGUACGUGUAGAUUUUGUUCAAUAUUGUGUUUACUAUUGUAUUAUCUUGCUUAAAGAUAACAGAAUAUCAUGCUGGUCGAAUCAUGAACAUGUCAGCAAACAAGUUCAGGUAUAAAUACAAACUAAUAUCAGUGUUUUAUUAUACUUAUAGAUUUUAAGAUGUAAAUUACAACAUAUUGAUACCCUUGUUCAUGUUUUCAUAAACAUUUUUAGGAGUUUAACACUUGGAUGAGCGAGUGAUUAAUUUGCAUAGUAUGCACAUGUAAAUACUUUAUGUCAACUUGCUUCCAAUGUUUAGAUUUGUAUACGCCUGUUUUUAAAAACGGGUCGUAUUAUAGUUUCACCCUUGGCGGGCGACGUCCACAGCAGUGUCCGUUCUCUAAUUCAAAUAGUUUUCAUCCGAUCUUCACCAAACUUGGUCAGAAUUUGUGUCUAGACAAUAUCUAGGUCAAGUUCGAAUAUGGGUCAUGCCGGGUCAAAAACUAGGUCACGGGGUCACUUAGUGCAUUUUAAGGAUUAAGGAUGGUGUCCGCUCUCUAAUUGAAGUAGUUUUCACCCGAUCUUCACCAAAUUUGGUCAGAAGUUGUGUCUAGAUGAUAUGUAGGUCAAGUUCAAAUUUGGGUCAUGCCGGGUGAAAAACUAGGUCAUGAGUUUACUUAGUGCAUUUCAAGCAUUUAGCAUGGUGUCCGCUCUCUAAUUGAAGUAGUUUUCAUCUGAUCUUCACCUAAUUUGGUCAGAAGUUGUGUCUAGAUGAUAUGUAGGUCAAGUUCGAAUAUGGGUCAUGCCGGGUCAAACACGAGGUCACAUAGUGCAUUUCAAGCAUUUAGCAUGGUGUCCGCUCUCUAAUUGAGGUAGUUUUCAUCUGAUCUUCACCAAAUUUAGUCAGAUGUUACAUCUAAAUGAUAUCUAGGUCAAGUUCAAAUAUGGGUCAUGCCGGGUCAAUAACUAGGUCUCGAGGUCACUUAGUGCAUUUCAAGCAUUGAGCAUGGUGUCCAAAACCUUCGAAUGGGCGUAUCUUGUGACAGUUUGGCACUCUUUUUUAUAUAGACACAAUGUCCAACAAGGUAUUUAAAACAUUCACUACUGGCAUAUGGGUCAGACAUUCAUCUGCAAAAUGUGUUUUCUUAUUUAUAUUUGAGCUGGGCUUUGGUAUGACUGGGCUUAAUACAUGUGUGCUUUGUCCUAGAAUAGCCUUUACAUACCGAACACGCUACCGGUAAUCAAGGAUGACACUUUUUGCUUAUAUGGAACUUUUCAAUUAAAAGAAGUCUCAUCUAAACAGACAUUGUCAUCCCACAAUACUUAACCCACAUGCAUUAAGCCCAGUUUUCUCAGAUACAAACUCAUUUGUUAAUUCUGUUGUUAGCUGGGACAUAUUUGGUGUCAUUCUCUUGCAAUCAGUCUUUUAAAAUCCCCAAUGUGGUGUAGAUGUAGCAUUAUUUAUGUACUUAUAUGUAGUAUUUUUAAAUCUAUGUAUAAGACCAAUGUCUGCCAUUAGUGAUCCAGGGUUUAUGAGUAUAAAGAUGUUUUAAUCUGAUGUAAUGUGGGCUCAACACCUGCUUCUAAUUUGCAUACUUAGUGAUGUAAAGAUUCAUUGUUGCUUAUUUAUGUGAAGUCAAUGUUUAUUUGUCUUUAUUGAACACAUGAAGCUUUUUAUUUCUGUGCACAGCCUUUGUAUGUGACAUGCAGCACAUAUUUCUGUUGAUUAGCUUAAAAGCAUAAGAUUCAUUGGCUUUGGGACCAACCAUUUGACUUUGCUUGGUUAUAGAAGUGUUGUAAAUGGGAAGACAUAUUGGUCAGUAGUUAAGAUUGUAUUAUUUUUUGUGUUUAACUCGUAGUUUUAUUUAGUGCUGAAAUUGUGUCAUAUCCAUGUAUACAAGAUCUAAAUGAGCAUUUUCAAGGACACACAUUUAUUGGUUCAAAACUGUUCUAUAUAAAUAAAAAACAACUUAUUAUCAGAAUCAGAAUAAUAUGAUGCAUGUCCUUAGAAAAAUCGUAACUUAUUGUCAACAUUGGCUAGAGAUCAUUUUUGUUAUAUAAGUGCCUGUGUUUCUUUUACCGUAGUUUAAGGUUUUAAAUUAAGCGUAAGUAGGUGUGUUGUCCUAGGACCUACUUAGAUAAGAAAAAGUAGUUAUUACUUACUUUAAAUCCAUUAGAUUAUGGUUAACUACAGAAGUUGCAUGUGAGAAUUGUUUGGAAAUGUUAGUGCAAUAUAAUUACGUAUAACUUACUUUUUCUGUGUUAUAUUUACUAUUUUGUAAUAUCUACCAUUUUGACUAUAAUAUUUAUAUAUUGGUUAUAGUUGUAUACAUUUAGAGCAGAUCUUGCAGUUUACUCUGUUGACUUAUGGAGUAUUUAACUGGUGUUUGAAAUCUUAGUUUAUGGGGAAACACUUCCUGCUAUUAUAGUGAAUUUUUAACUAAAUAUUUUGAAUUGUGUUCAAGUAAAGGUUGUCAAUGUUUUUUUUAACAGCAUUUUUUUAAGAUGUUUAACAGUUAAUGUUUUAUAUGCUAUCUUUUUUUUUAAUGAAACAAAUUAAUAACAUCAUAUCGUUUCAGUUUACUGAAUCAAGUAUGCUGAGUGAUAUGUGUUAUUUAUUUACAUGUAGGGGAGAUCACUCUAGCGCUUAAAGUGUUACCAUUUAAUAUUUUGAUUUAAAAAAAUCAAUAAAGAAUGGCUUCAACAGUUUUAUUUAUGAAAAGGUGCAAUUUAAGUGACCCUUUGAGGUGUACAUUAUACACAUUUACGUUUAUACAUCUUUACAAAUGUAAGCUACAAAGUAAAUUGUUAUGUGCAUUUGUUUGCAUUUAUUAUGUUUCUGUUGAUAAUUUGGAUCAUUCCAGAUAUAGAUGUAUGUAUAAUUGUUUAAAAAAAACAAACAUAGUAGUAGAAGUUCAUGUAUGAUAUAGUAUUUUAAAUUAUAAUUUUAAGAUUGAGAAUUGACCUAUAGUAUUCAAUAUGAAAUUGUUAAACAAUGGCAACACUUUCAUAUGAUCAACUUUCAAUCUCUUCUGUCUUAAAAGUUGUAGUUUUAUUUAUUUGAAACCAUUACAACGUUCAAGGAUAGUGAUUAAGAAACAACAACAUCGUGUGCUAACUUAGUUGAAUGUGUGUUUGAAAGCCAAUAUACAGCAUGGUGUAUAUGUAUGUAUUUAAAUCUUCACUGAUUUUUUUACUGUUUAUAGUUAUUCUUAGUUGCAUCAUUUUAACCAUAAUACCCCUAAUGUGUGGUAAACAAUUGUUGCAAAAUCUUGUGUUCUCAAUAGUUUGCUUAAACAUUUUGUUCUGAAAAUCAUGGGAACGGAUCAUUGUGUACAUUGCAGUUAUGCUGUCAUGUUAUCCAAAAAUUGAGUGGUAAUAAUUUCAGAAGUUAUAUAUUUUGAGUGUUCACAAAGAAAUACAUGAUUCCUCAUUUGUAUAAAUGGUGAAUAUAUUAUAUUGAUAAUAAAUAUUUAAUUUAUAUUUCAGAACUAUUAUAAUAAACAUGAUAUCGUACAGUUUACUCAAUGUAACAGUUUUCUUUUAAUAUGUUAUAUUAAGUAUUUAAAAAAGAAUACAAAUACCUUAAUUUGUUUGCCAUGCAUACCUGUUUUUUAUGUUAACUAUGUUAGUUGUAAUCAACAAGUUUACAGAUAAAAUAUGUGGUAAUUUACCUCCAUGAUUGGUUAUUAUCCCCCGCCAUAGGCGGAAGGAUAUUGUUUUGGCGUUGUCCGUCCGUCUUUCCAUCCGGAGCCAUAUCUUGGAAGUACUUUGGCAGAUUUCAUUGAAACUUGGUAUGAGUAUAUAUAUGGCUAACAGGAUGAUGCACACCAAAUGGCAUUGUACACCAUCUGUUAAUAACGGAGUUAUGGCCCUUUGUAUCUUGAAAAAAUGCUUUUUAAUAUAAGCUUACAGCUUUAUCUCCAUUAACACAUGAGCCAGAGCCAUGAAACUUGCCAUAGUUGUUCUCAAUCAUUUGGGGGUGCUUCACAUUCAACACCCAUGAUCCUAGGGGCUAAGGUCAAGGUCACACAUUGAGGUCAAAGGUCACAAAUUUGAUCAAUUAUUAAUUGUUUAGUCAUUCCUUUACUAUGCCAUGAAACUUGCUAUAGUUGUUCUCUAUCAUCUGGGGUUGCUUCACAUUCAACACCCAUAAUCCUAGGGGCUAAGGUCUAGGUCACACAUUGAGGUCAAAGGUCUACACCCAUCCAUAAACAAAAUUUAUAUGGCGGCGGAUAUCAUUUCAACGAAUUUGCUUGUUAGUUUUAUCAAAUGAAUGUCCUUAAAAAUAAGGGAUAUCUAUGGAUGCCAUUUUCUGUGUAUGUAUAUUUUAUGUGAUAUCCAAAUAGUAUCCAUAUAGAAUAUAAUAUUAUUUGUUUUGUGCAUGUAUUUCUAGAGAUAUAAUGGAUAUGCAGUGAUAUUUUUACAAAUUUUCUCAUUUGAGUCCUGGGACUCGAUAACUUGCAAAUCUAUGAGUCCCCGAAUUGAAAGAAUGAGUCCAAAUAUAAACAAUAUUAUUUUUUGAGAAAUGUUUAUGCAUUUUUGGGACUCACAUUAUUCGAAACUUUGCAUCCCCAGAGGUUUUUGUGAGUCCAGGACGCAGGACUCGCAGGUAAAAAAAAUCACUGGAUAUGUGGACUCAAAGUUUCUCUAAUGCAAUACAAAGUGUUGUCUUGGUAUGAAAUAAUAUUUUCAGCCAGAAACCAGUUUCGCAUGAACCACUUAACUUUUUAUGUAGACUGCCCAUACGUUGGUACUUCCAUAAAUGUUUGUUCUGGGCUGGGUAAAAUUGACUAAUAAUUUUGUUAUUGUUAUAAAAUGUAUAAUAUAUUAUUGAUUGAUCAUUCUGAUUUGCAUAGUAAAGUCAAUAUUGUCUUAUAUUGAUUUCGCUUACCAUCCUUGUUGUAAACAUGUUUUAUUUUGUUCAUUAAUUAAAAAUCCAAAACAUGUCAAUCAAAUUUGUUUUACUCUCAAAUGGUAAGCCCAAUCAGUUGAUUGCCAUCACACUUGAAGAAGAUAUUUCCCUUGUUACAUUCAGAUAACAUCCAAUAAAACUUGCAGAGCAAUGCUUUCAGGAGCCAUCAGGUCAACAAAUUUAAACAGUAACAAGUGUACAGAAAGAUCAAGGAUUUCAAAAUUUUGUGAUGGUGCUAAAAAGUUGCAGGGUGGAAUUCAGAAUCAUGAUACUGACAUUAUUAGAUAAUUUUAUAAAUCAAGGUCAUGUCUUAGUAGAACACUUGUAAAGCAGACUUUGAAGCAAUCUCUAUUCAUUUGCUGUUGACUAUUUUCUGAAAUUCAUUUAAUUCAAUAGAUUCUCACUUUUUUGUGUUUAACAACAUAGAGCAGCAGCAGUAGAGGGGAACCAAAAUGCAGCAGGGGCAGCACCAUCCCAUUUCACUCGUGUUGUACCAUACCAAGUAUUAAGAUUCAUAAAGAUGUGUAUUUUGAUAA